AUGGCGCCGUUGCAGAGUCGCAUUCUCGUCGGCUGCGGCCUAAUCUCUACCGCUCUCGCUGCUGACAAUGUCUUGUCGUUGACGCUCUCCGAAUCAGUCCCCAAUAAUGUCUCAGCAACAAUCGACCCAUCAUUCGCCGGCUUCGGCAUCGAGCUCGACCACCUUUUUUACUUCAUGGGCGACGAAACACCAAACGACCUAACCCUAAACCUUCUCGACAAUCUGGCAAACUUCACCGGCCGUCCACCGCACAUGCGAUUAGGUGGAAACACACAAGACUACCUCGUCUACAACGACUCGCAAAAUGAAUGGCUUAUCAAGCCGAACCCCCGCCCCACCGCGCCGGGGAACGUCCCUGCAGAUAACUUCAUCGUCGGUCCCCGCUUUAUGGAGAUCGCAAACCGUCUGCCCAAGGGCACGCCCGUCACAUGGGGUCUGAACCUGGGCUACGCAGAGUCCGACUAUCUCGAGAGGCUUACAACAAUGGCGUCUCAGAUUAUCGACCGGUGCACCAACCUCAACAUCAUGUCCUUUGAAUUUGGUAACGAGCCGGACCUUUAUGGCGACAACGGUUUCCGCAAGAAGGCGGCUUGGUCCGGUACGGAGUACACCAAGGAAUGGCGGGAGCGAGCCAACGCAGUGUGGGAAGAAGUCCUGGAACCUCGCGGACUGCACAGCGACUUCUUCGAGGCGUCUGCUUCGACCGCCUGGGUAGCUGGCACGGGUUUCGAGAUCAAGGAUUUAGUCGAGUACGGCAUUGAUGACAAGGCCAACAGCUCCGAUGUUGGCUUCGUUACGAGUUGGAACCAGCACAACUACUAUUACUUUGUGGGGUCUUUCCCGUACCCCUUGACUCUCGAUUACAUGCUGCGCUUUGAAACGACAAAGGCACAGUUUGACUCGGCCAUUGAAGCUCAAAUCACACAAGCCGAGAAGACUACGCACCCUUUCGCGCUGCGCGAGAUGUCCGUCGUCGGACCACUUGGUGUGGAGGGACUCAGCAACACCUUCGCCGCCGCCCUAUGGACUCUCAACUUCCUCCUCUACGCCACAACAAUCAACAUCUCGUCCGUCCAAUUCCACAUGACGUAUGACAGCAAUGCCAGCGCCUGGCAACCGACGGCCAUGUUCGGACGCGACCGCUUCGUCCGGCCGCUCUACUACGGCAUGGCCGCCUUCGCCCAGACUAUUGGCCGCUCCUGCACCGCCCGCGUUGCCCAAGCCGAGAUUACGGACUAUCCUUCAGGCUACAACGACUACAUCAAGGCCUGGUCGGUAUACCAGGGCGACUCGCUCGCUUCCCUCGUCUUGCUCAAUGGCAAGGUCGCCAACGUCUCUGACGCCAACAAGGGUAGUAUCACUGUCGACGUUACCCUGCCCUCUUCCCUCGCCGGCGAGACACUUCAUCUGGCCUAUCUGACCGGCGACGGAGCCGACGCGACGAGUGGGACAACGUGGAACGGGCUCAGUUUCGAGCAGGGCAGCGACGGGAAGCUUAGCCAAGUGUCUAGCGACGAUAUCACCGUCAAGGUGGGCAGUGACGGCAAAGCGAGCAUCCCCGUCCGCGACACCGAGGCCGUGGUCGCCAAUGUCGGCGCCAAGGUCGGUAGCGCAGAGCCCGAUAGUACUGCGUGUGGGGGUUGGUACGGCGACUACUUCCACCCCCGGGUCGUCGUCGGGUGGCUCGAGUAA